AUGAAGCUUGCCUCAAUUGCUACUGCCCUCGUUGCUGCCACCGGCCUCGCGUCCGCUCAGAGGACGAGGCACUCUUCCGCUUCCUCCGCUUCCUCCACCUCGACCUGGUCCGCUGCUUCCUCCAAUGUAGCCGCCGCUUCUCCUUCUUCCUCCGCUUCCUCCACCUCUUCCGCCGCCGCUGCUUCCUCCUCCGCCGCCGCUGCUUCCACCUCUUCCAACAACACCUUCCCUGACUCCACCGCCUACCUCUUCCUCGACUACCAAAACGGCAUCCUCGGCUCCGUCGGAAACGACACCGCCGUCAACGCCAUGGUUUCCGCCUCCCAGCGUCUCUACUCUGGCGUCCGUUCCUUGAAGCGUAACGAGACAGGGUACUACUACCCCAUCACCGCAUUCUCUCAAGUCCAGUUUCACCCCACCUACCCGGAGUUGUCUCCGAGAAAUGCCGCGUUCAAGCCGUUCGCGCAGUACGGCGCUGUCUUGACCACGAGCGCACAGGCUGAUUUCGUGUCCGAGUUGACCCCGCAGGAGGGUGAUCUCGUGUUCCAGAAGCGUCGUUUCGAUGCUGCUUACAACUCUGAGCUUCUCACCAUCCUCCGUGCCAACGAGAUCGACACCGUUGUGUUGGCCGGUGCGUACACCUCUGGUGUCAUUCUCGCGACUUUGAGAUCGUUGAGUGACCGUGAUUACACCAUCUACGUUGUCGAGGACGCUACUGUCGACCCCUACUCCGCGGACUGGCUGUUGAACGAAUAUUUCCCCCGUGCCGCUACCGUGUUGAGCACCGACCAGGCUUUGGCGAUGAUGCCCGAGGGGCCUUUGGACAUUCCUCCCAACUACAACGUUGGUCUCUAA